AAGUCUCUCCACAACAAACAAUAGUUUUAAACCUCUUAAUCUCUUAACAAUUUGCUUGUUAAGAUGACAAUACAUCCGUUUUUAGCAACUCUCAUUUCUUUUGUGUUUUUUCUUGUUUCUUCUGGGGUGUAUGGUUACCCCAUAUCCGAGAUUCGGUCAUGGUGUAACCAAACACCUCAUCCGGAACCCUGUGAGCAUGUCUUGUCUAGUAAGCCAAAUUACGGCACAAUAAGACACAAACAUGACUUCAUCAAAGCGUUGUUGAAAGUUACCCUAGAGCGAGCGACAGAUGCUGAGUCGAACGCUCGAGGGCUUGGGGAAAAGUGUCAUAACCAUCUAGAAAAGACCGCGUGGAGUGAUUGUCUCCAGCUUUAUAAAAACACUGUCCAGAGGAUCAACAUGACUAUUGAUCCUAAUCACAAGUGUAGCAAGGUUGAAAUGCAAACCUGGCUAAGCACGGCUCUCACGAACCUCGAGACAUGUAAGAUCGGGUUCGAGGAGCUAGGGGUUGGUGACUACUUGUUGCCACUAAUGAACAACAAUGUAUCCUCCUUAAUCAGCAAUACAUUAGCAAUGAACAAAGGAAACAAAUCAUCGGAUUACGAGCCACGUUACCGAAAGGGGUUCCCUACUUGGGUAAAUCCUGGUGAUAGGAAGCUAUUACAAUCUUCCAAUCCUGCUUCUCAGGCUAACGCGGUCGUAGCUCAAGACGGUUCAGGUGACUAUACGACUAUCGGAGCGGCGGUUGCCGCCGCAAAAUCAAGUGGCGGGCGGUAUGUGAUAUAUGUGAAGGCAGGCACUUACAAGGAGUACAUUGAGAUUAAACCUAAUAACAUAAUGUUGAUUGGGGAUGGAAUAGGGAAAACUAUCAUAACUGGCAGUAGAAGUGUUCGAGGGUCAGGUUCUACAACUUUUGGGUCAGCCACUAUGGGGGUAGAUGGAGACAGAUUCAUUGGACGCGGUUUCACGGUUAGAAACACCGCGGGGCCACAAAACCACCAAGCCGUGGCCCUGCGAAGUGAUUCUGACCUCUCGGUUUUCUACAAAUGCAGCUUCGAAGGGUACCAAGACACGCUCUUCGUUCUUUCGAACCGACAAUUCUAUAGAGAAUGUAACAUAUACGGCACAGUUGAUUUCAUUUUCGGCAAUGCGGCAGCCGUACUUCAAAACUGCAACAUUUACGCCCGUGACCCUCCAAACAAGACCAACACCUUGACCGCACAAGGACGAACCGACCCGAACCAAAACACUGGAAUCUCAAUCCAUAAUUGUCGGGUAAUGGCCGCCUCGAGCCUAAACGGUGUUAAAACAUAUCUCGGAAGGCCGUGGAAGCAAUACUCGAGGACCGUUUUUAUCAAAACGUAUCUCGAUGGUAUUGUGAACCCGGCCGGUUGGAUGCCAUGGAGCGGUAACUUCGCGCUUGACACAUUGUAUUAUGGUGAGUACAUGAACACGGGCCCAGGUUCAUCGACUGCGAAUCGGGUUAAAUGGAAAGGUUACCAUGUGAUCACUAGUGCGUCCGAGGCCGCGAAGUUCACUCCGGGGAGCUUCAUUGCUGGUGGAUCGUGGUUGCCGGGAACAGGGGUGCCUUGGACCAGUGGCCUUUAAUUCACUCUUCAGAUAUGCAUACAGUUAUAUUUUUUCUACAUAUGUUGAAUUGGUAAUUAAUUACAUGUUUUAAAGCUUCAAAAUAAGUAAAUAAUGGGCGGCUAUGGCCUAUGAAAGCUUACCAUUCUUGCCAUUUAAUUCUUUUGUAACCUUUUAAUACAUAUAUUAUACACAUUCAUAUAAUAAAUGAUAUGAUAAAACCUCGUCACUAGAGGGUGGAGUGUC